UAAAUAGAAAAAAUAAAUUUCCUGGGUCACUGCUUUUGAAACAAGAAAAUAACGGAUUCCAAAAUGAUUGAACUUUUUCUCCGCGUGGAUUUUUUCUGAAUCUCAUUUGCUGCGGCGUUGCCUAUCUGUGGCCUUCCCAAGCGUGCUUGUUCUAUUUGAUUUCAUCCACCCGUGGCAUGGGGGACCCUGUUUAUCAACCGGAUUGUUUGUUUCUCUCUCUUCCGGAGCAUCACUGAAGUUAUUACUACGUUCUAGUAGCACUCUACGUGUUUGUUGAUUUGUCUGAAUGGCUUUCUCUUCUUGCCUUCUCCAAUCCCACCCUUUCGUUCUCCCCGCCAGUCUAAACCUCCCACCUCUUUCUCUCUCUUCCAAAUCCCUCAAACCCAUUUACAUCAUACCCCAUACGGAACUACUCACUUCCAUCUCAGCCUCAACUUCACCUUCUCCCUCCCUAACCCAUAAACUCCCACCAGAAUUCACCACAGAACAGCUCAUCGACGCCAUCCGCCAAAAAAAUGAUGAAACCGCUGCGCUUAACCUCUUCCAUUGGGCUUCCAAACAGCCCGAUUUCAAACCCACUCUGCCCGUAUACGAGGGAAUCAUUUGGAAGCUUGGACACCUUGGAUCAUUUGAUUCGAUGAAGCAAAUCUUGGAGGAUAUGAGGGUUUCCAAUUGCAGCCCCAACGAAGGUACCUUCUUGAUUUUCAUUAAGAGUUACCAGAAACAACAUUUGUAUGAUGAGGCUGUUGGUGUUCUUUAUGUAAUGGAACAAGCAUUUGGGUUGAAACCAAGUAGUUAUACUUAUAAUUUUCUGUUAAAUGUUCUGGUUGAAGGAAAAAAGUUCGAACUAUUCGAAAGUGUUCUCUCCAUGAUGUUUGCUAGAGGAGUUGAACCUGAGGUUUCGACGUUUAAUAUAUGGAUAAAGUCUCUACGUAAAUUUCAUCAAAUUAGGUAUGCUAGUUCGGUGAUCGAAGAAAUGUCUAACUAUGGUUUGGCACCGGAUGUGAUAACAUAUACCUCCAUAAUGCAAGGAUAUAUUGAGGAAGGGAAUUUGGAAGCUGCACUUAGAAUCAGGGAGGAAAUGAUAGCAGCUCAAUGCCCACUGAGCAAAAAAACUGUUAAUAUUUUGAUUCUUGGGUAUUGUAAAGAGGGUAGAAUUGAGGAAGCUUUGAAUCUUGCAGAAGAGAUGUGGGUAGAGGGAUUUCGUCCCGACCAAACUACUUUUAAUACUUUGGUGCGUGGUUUGUGCAAGUUUGGACAUGUUAAGCAUGCUUUAGAGCUUUUUGAUUUAGUGCUUCAGGAGGGGUUUGAUCUGAAUACUGUCACGUAUAACACUUUGGUAACUGCACUGUGUAUAAAUGGUCAAGUUGAUGAAGCCAUGGGAGUCUUCAAUCAGAUGAUUUCGAGGGAUCGUUCCCCGGAUAUAGUCUCUUACAACAUUCUGAUUACAACCUUGUGCAACGAGAAUCAAAUGGAACAAGCAUUUGAAAUUGCUUGUAUUAUGAUAGACAAGGGAAUUCUACCGGAUGUUCAUACGUUUAGUUCGCUCAUACGAGGACUUUGCUUGACGAAGAAUCAAGAUUUGGCAUAUGAAUUGUUCCAUGGAAUGAAAACUGCAGGGUAUCAGCCCAUUGCAUUUACUUACAAUGUGUUAAUUGGCAGUCUUUGUUCAAGAGGAAAACUAGACAGAGCUUUGGGUCUAUUCAAAGAAAUGGAUUCAAGUGGUUGCACACGAGAUGUAGUAACGUAUAACACUCUGAUAUCUGGAUUUAGCAAAAACAAGAGAAUUGAAGAAGCAGAGGAAAUUUUUGAUCGGAUGAUACUGGUAGGACUUCAACCUAAUAACAUCACCUAUAAUUCAUUGCUCUAUCACUAUUGCAAAGUUGGCGAUAUCAAGAAGGCAACAGACAUUGUCCAAACCAUGACUUCAAAUGGGUGUGAACCGGAUGUUGCCACCUAUCGUGCCCUAAUACAGGGAUUUUGUAACGUGGGUAGGAUUGAGAUUGCAAUUAGGCUUCUCAUAACUAUCCAGACGAAAGGAAUGGUGUUGGCCCCACAAACCUAUAAUCCCUUGCUCCAACAGCUCUUUAAACAGAAGAAAACAAAAGCAGCCAUGAGACUGUUUAGAGAAAUGAAAGAGAAGGGUGACCCUCCGGAUGCAUCUUCAUAUGAAACUGUUUUUCGCGGGCUUUGUUCUUGCGGAGGGCCUAUUGGAGAGGCUGUCGAUUUCGUCAUUGAAAUGACUGAGAAAAGAGUGACACCAAAAUUCUCUACGUUCAUUAUGCUGGCUGAAAGACUUCGUGCUUUAUCCAUGGAGGACACUUUAGUUAUGCUUGUUGAAAGGAUUAUGGAUACGUACCUCUUCUCCGAAAACGAGGCGUCUAUGGUAAAGGGAUUCAUGAAAAUCCGUAAGUUUGAAGAUGCAUUGGCUACUCUUGACGGGAUUUUGAAUAGGAGAAAUCCCAAGAGAGGUUACAAGUGAAGAUUGAAGCUGGGAAACCUGGACGGGAAGAUAUAGCUUACGUUUCUGUUUGUUUCUAACGACGGAAUACGCCAAGGGGAACGGUGUGAUUUGAAUCUAUGAAGUUGGUAUACAUGCUCGACGGGUCAACGGGUUUCGGAGAUCCAUUGACGAUCAGCCGUAUCAGGGAUGCUUUGCUUUUCUGCCGCACUGGCCUUCAAUGUGACAUUUUGUCUAAAUUCAGCUUCAGUUUCUUUUCCUCUCGAGCAAUGGAAUUUUAGUUUUGUUU